AUAAAACCUAAAUCACAUGAAAUACAUCUUCACAAAAGAAAAUAAUAUUUACAGAUCAAAUCCAAAAAUUUAAUACAACUCCUUCAUGUCAAGGGGAGAGUAAAGAGUAAGUUAAAACGUUGAGGAUAGUUUAGAUCUGAAGGCAAUUGAGAAGAAGAGGGGAAGCUCAUUUUUCUUUAAACCCUCUCUGUUCUCUUCUCUCAACUCAUUUUUAUACGCCCUCCAGGUAUAGUCAGUAAGCAUAUAGACAUCGACACAGACAACUGUUGCCUAUGGCUACUUCGGAUGAAAAUAGUGGAUUGUUUCCAAUUUUCAUUUUGACGAUACUUGCAAUUCCUUUAGUGCCAUACACAAUACUAAAAUUAUGUCGUGCUGCCUCAAAAAAGGCUAAGCCCAUCCAUUGCGACUGUUCAGUUUGCUCUCGGUCAGGAAAGUAUCGGAAAUCAAUAUUUAAAAGGAUAUCAAACCUCUCAACAUGUAGUAACAUGACACUGGUGCUUCUUUGGGUUGUAAUGGGUGUCCUUGUCUAUUACAUUAAACAUAUAAGUCGUGAGAUACAAGUAUUCGACCCUUUCACUAUACUUGGGUUAGAAUCCGGAGCUUCAGAUUCUGAAAUAAAGAAAGCUUAUAGGAAGCUUUCUAUACUAUACCAUCCCGAUAAAAAUCCAGAUCCAGAUGCAAACAAGUAUUUUGUGGAGUCCAUAUCCAAGGCUUAUCAAGCUUUGACAGAUCCAGUUUCACGUGAGAAUUUUGAAAAAUAUGGCCAUCCUGAUGGUAGACAGGGGUUCCAAAUGGGAAUUGCGCUGCCUCAGUUUCUGCUGAAUUUUGAUGGUGCAUCCGGUGGAAUAUUGUUGCUUUGGAUUGUAGGAGUAUGUAUUCUCUUGCCUCUGGUGAUCGCUGUUGUAUAUCUAUCAAGAUCAGCCAAAUAUACCGGAAAUUAUGUCAUGCACCAGACACUGUCAGCUUAUUAUUACUUUAUGAAGCCUUCCUUGGCCCCGAGCAAAGUCAUGGACGUGUUUAUUAAAGCUGCUGAGUACAUGGAAAUUCCAGUUCGUAGGUCUGAUGCUGAACCUCUUCAGAAGCUUUUUGUGGUGGUUCGGAGUGAAUUGAAUUUGGACCUUAAGAACAUCAAGCAGGAGCAGGCAAAAUUUUGGAAGCAGCAUCCAGCACUUGUCAAGACAGAGUUACUAAUUCAAUCCCAUUUAACCCGUGAUACAGCAGCUUUGUCCCCUGAAUUGCAGCGAGACUUUAAGCGCGUGUUAGAGCUUGCACCUCGCCUUCUUGAAGAGUUGAUGAAAAUGGCUGUUAUACCACGGACUGCUCAGGGUCAUGGUUGGCUAAGGCCUGCAGUUGGUGUGGUGGAACUUUCCCAGUGCAUUAUUCAGGCUGUUCCUCUUAGUGCAAAAAAAGCUGGUGGAGGAUCUCCUGAGGGCAAUGCACCAUUUCUGCAGCUGCCUCAUUUUAGUGAAGCUGUCAUAAAAAAGAUAGCUCGCAAGAAAGUGCGGUCAUUUCAGGAUCUGCGGGAUAUGACGCUUCAGGACCGUGAUGAGCUGCUUUCUCAGGUUGCUGGUUUCACUGCUGCAGAUGUACAAGAUGUGGAAAGGGUUUUAGAGAUGAUGCCUUCCUUAACAGUUGACAUUACUUGUGAGACUGAAGGUGAAGAGGGUAUCCAGGAGGGCGAUGUCGUCACAGUUCAGGCUUGGGUAACAGUCAAACGCGGGAAUGGUUUGAUCGGGGCUCUCCCCCAUGCUCCAUACUAUCCCUUUCACAAAGAAGAAAAUUAUUGGUUUCUGCUUGCAGAUCCCAAUUUGAACAAUGUAUGGUUUUCUCAGAAAGUCAUCUUCAUGGAUGAAGCAGCUGCAAUAACCACCGCUUCGAAAGCAAUUGAGGAGAUGAUGGAAGGUUCAGGGGCUAGUCCUAAGGAAACUAGCAAAGCUAUUAGAGAAGCUGUGGAGAAAGUUAAGGCUGGGUCACGACUAGUGAUUGGAAAAUUCCAAGCACCGGCAGAAGGAAAUUAUAAUCUGACUUCUUAUUUACUUUGUGACUCAUGGCUUGGUUGUGACAAAAAGACCAAUGUAAAAGUCAAAGUCUUGAAACGAACUAGGGCUGGUACUCGGGGAGCUCAUAUCACAGAGGAAGGACCUAUAACAGAAGAUGGAGCUGAAGAGGAAGAGGAGAAUGAGGAGGAAGAAUAUGAUGAGGAUUAUGAGAGCGAGUAUAGUGAAGAUGAAGAAGAUGCAAGGGAAACAAAUAAUAAGGGCACUGCUGAUCAAAAUGGUAGGCACUCAAAUUCAGAAAGUUCAGAAUCAGAGGAGGAUUAAGAUACUCAAGUUCACUAGUUACUGAAAAAAUAAGACACUUGUUAAGUUGUAGGUUCCAAUUCAGAAAGGAAGGUUUAUAGACAGAAUUUGUCUUCAAUGUGUGCUCAUGUACCCUUUAUAUAAUGUCUCAUGCUGAUUUUGUAAACUAGAAUAUUUUAAUACCAAAAAACAGAGUACAAUAUUACAUUUUUGGAGACA